CAGAAAUUGUAUUUAUAAAAACGAAUGGAAACGCUACAUUUUCCACAAGCUCAAUUUUCUGAUCAUCAACAUGUCCUUCAACUUCAACUUUGAUUCCAUACUAAAUGUUAAUCCUCAAUUUCAAAAACCUCCAAACCCUAACCCUAACCCUAAUUUUGAUAGGGAGAUCUUUCACUACCAAGCCGAUGACGCCUUGUAUUUCAAAGAUGUUUCCGAUUACCUCAUGUCGGAGGAGAGAUCUCUCUCUCCGAACAAUAGUGUUUUGGAUAAUGUAGCGAACAGUGUUCACGAUGAAUCUUCGAGCUCAAUGGGAAACAAAAGAAUAGUGAGGAAGUACAACACGGAAAAACAAGAUUAUAGGGUUGCAUUUAGGACCAAAUCAAAGCUUGAAAUCAUGGAUGAUGGAUUUAAAUGGAGAAAAUAUGGGAAGAAAAGGGUCAAGAGCAGUCCUAAUUUGAGGAAUUACUUCAAAUGUUCAAAUGGAGAAUGCAGUGUGAAGAAAAGGGUAGAAAGAGAUGGAAAUGAUUCAAGCUACGUGAUAACAACUUAUGAAGGAGUGCACAAUCAUGAGAGCCCUACUUGUGUGCUUUAUUGCAAUCCACAAUCACUUUCUCUUUGAUUUUACAAAUAAAACUAUGUUUCUCCUUCCAAUUUGGAUGUAACUGUAUGUGCAAUAAUGUGAUUCUCUCCAAUACUUUGUGCAUCUGUUUAAAACGUAUAUAUGCUAAUUGAGAUCCCUAUAUAUAUUUUCUAUGUAAUUUUGUUUGCCCACUUGCUUUU